GGGAAGAAAAAACACAUACUCGAAACACCAUCCCAUCAUAUUUUUUCCUCCAAAGUAAAAUAAAAUCAUCAUAUUUAUACAUAAAUGUCCUCCCAAAACCUGGUUUUCUUCAUGAACGUGCUACCCACAAAAAAAAGGAUUAUAAAUCUCUUUCUUCCUUCAGUUUGAAACUCACAAUCCCCAAAUUCUCAAAAUGGAAAACCCCACUUCAAGAUCAAUUUUAUUUCUUCUCUGUGUUCCAACACUUAUUCAAUUAGCGUAUGGUUUGGACAUUGUUCAACACUCUUGCAAAUUAGCUGCAAAAACAGACCCAUAUGUUGAUUACAAACUAUGUGUACAAACCCUGAAAGCCAGUCCCAAUUCCAAAGAUGCAGAGUUCAAAGACUUGGUUGUGAUUUCAAUCAACCAAUCAAAGGCCAAUGCCACAGAAAUUGGGUCAGAGAUUUCAGAGCUAAUGAAAAGGAGAAGUGAGAAAUGGGGGCAAUAUUCAUUGAAUUGUUUGAAGAGCUGUUUAGAGCUUUAUUCUGAGGCUGUUUCUGAUUUGGAAAAAGCUUUGAAAGGUUUGAAAAUGGAGGAUUAUGAGACAGCAAAAACAGGGGUGAGUGCAGCCAUGGAUGCACCAGUGAGUUGUGAAGAUGGGUAUAAGGAAAAAGAUGGUGAAGUUUCUCCUCUGUCAGAGAUCAAUGAUGGGUUCUUUCAGUUGGUUGCAAUUUCUCUUGCUUUUAUCAAUAUGUGUUAAGUGUCAAGUGAUGGAUGAUGAUGCCCUAUAGUUUUUAAUGGUUUCGAGUUGGGGCUAUGAAGAGAAAUUUGCUGUGUUUAGAAAGGGUUUUUAGCAAUAAUAUGUACUUUUUGUGUCUUUUGGUAUAUGGUAUUGUGUUUUGGGAGUGUUAAUUAAUGUUUCUGUUGUAGAACAAUGUACUACAUCGUUUCAAAUGUAGACAAUUGUUUAUGUCGAAAAGUUUUCAUAGUACUAUUGUAAUAUUGCCUCUA